AUGACCGUCGAACAGCAGGAAUCCGUCAUUCCCCUCGACCAAAUGCCACCCGAAGAGCGACAAGCAGCAGAACGGCCGCCUGAUCUGCCAACAACCAUUGUCGUCGCCCCUUCGACCCCCGUUUCCGCCCCAUCACCAGCGCCUCUCACAUACACCUCCCCCGCGGGCGUCGUCCUGACAUUCCAGAACGCCGGCCAUCACCUCUCGCGAUGGUUCCAAGCCUCAGGGCAUACCCCCACAUACAACAUGGAGGAUGUCCUCUCUCCUGGCGUUACUGAAGCUCCUAUAUCCAAAAAGGCGGCCAAGAAAGCGAGGCUGGGUGAGGCUGAUGAACCUGCCGCCGCACCCACCGGCCCACCCCUCGGCUCUAUGCGGGUAUGUACCGUCGACCUCCCCUACGCCGGCUCCGUGCGCUCGGGAUUAUGGCCCAACAAGAGUCUUGCCAAGCAGCACGCCUCGUUCGAAGCAUGUAAAGUGCUCAUGGACAAGGGCGAAGUUGAUACUUCUUUCCAGCCCACGCCAUCCCACCCCCGGGGCAAGACGUUUGAAGAACGGCUAGAGACCAAGUCGAGGUGCAACUAUCGCUGGGAGAGCAGGAAGCUCGCCAUACAGGACCAGCUCCCGCAGGGCACGGGUCAAGGUGAUUACGAGUACAAGACGACACCAGAGUUUUGGGGUACUUGCCCGCCUUUCCAGCCCGACCACCUCUGGGCGUCCGUGUUCCAGCUGUCGCCAGAUGGCGAAGGGAAUUAUGACAAUCAUCCAGAGUGUAGGAUGAUGUGUCUGAUCACGAGCAGACCUCUGCCAUUCUGGUCCUCUGUUGGCGAGACGGUCGUGCGUAUGGGCGUGGGCGAGCAGCCGACGCUGCAGGCCAGUAUGCGGUUGAUCAACGGCGGUAAGAUGGAGCCAUUCCAAUCUGGCACACUCGAACAAGCUCAGGUAUUCACCGAAAAGCUCAUGCGGGCCCAGAUACAGAAGCCGCUCAUGGCAGACCUGGCUCACGUCAAAUGGCUGCUCGUCCCUCUCCGAAGGAGCUUCAAGGCCCCUACCAAAGAGAUCGUCUCUCAAAACAAGGGCAUCAAGCUACGGCUUAAAGAUAUCGCCUGGAAAGAGGUUGACGCCGUGACUGAUGGGCCUUUGACGAUGCCAUUCACACACAACGACAUGGAUAUUCUCCAGCGUCAAUGCAAAGACCGCAUGAGCACCGUGCCGUCCGAGAUGGUUCGCAGAAACUACAUUGUCCGUAUCCGUACCGACCUCAACCCUUUCUCUCCACACCCCGACCACCCCGAAGAGACAAUCCUACAGACUCUCGAGAAAGAGCCCACCACCCUACCCGAACUCUCCGACCCCUCCCAGCCCAUACUCGAAGUCGAGCCCGCCGCCCUCCCCAAGACAGGCUCAUACAUCACCUACCUCUCCAUCCCCGACGAAAAGCGCCCCAAACUCUACCUGAUACCCGAGUUUGAACACUGGCACUGCAUCCCCUCGAGCGUACACAGGACGACGAGCACGAUGCCGUUCUUUAUCCAUCAGCUGGAAUCAAUGUUGGUAGCGUGGGAAGCGUCGGAAAAGCUUUUUGGAUCGGUGGUGAGGCCAGAGUAUGCCUUGCAGGCGUUAACGGCGCCUACGGGGAUGAAUGUGAAUAGUUGGACGUACGAGCGGCUCGAGAUUUUGGGGGAUACGCUGUUGAAAUUCUUUGCUACGCUCCACUUUUACCUCGCCGGCGGUGGUGCAAACUCUCAAGACGACCCUCUCAAGACAUGGCAAGACCGCCACAAGGUCGUCUCCAACAAGACCCUGGCGCAUAACUGUAUCAAGCUCGGCUUGGUGAAUUAUGUGAGGGACAGGAGGGUGAAGGUGAAGGAGUGGGCGCCGAGGGACUGGGACUUUGAUACGUGGAAGGGGGGGACGGCUAUGAAGAAGCAUCUCAAGACGAGCGCAGAUGAAUCAGAGUUUAGGAAUCUGGGUGACAAGCUGCUAGCGGACGUGGUAGAGGCCAUGAUCGGCGCCUCCUAUCUCCCCAACAAAGACAUGGACAACGUCAUCACCACCCUGCACAACCUCACCGUCCCUCUUACUCUGUUCAAAAGCUGGGGGGAUGUCAAGCAUGUCCUCCAGCGGGAGCAUGAAGAGGAAGAGGCCAAGGAUCCGGAUCUACCGGCGUAUAUGAACUUUUUCGCGAAAACGAAAAUGCAGUAUGAGGUGUUUGGGUAUACAUUCAAGAGGAGAAAGACGUUUGAGGAUGUGUUUAGCUUGAGCUCAAAGCGAGAGACAAGGAUGAAACGAGAGAGGUACAAGAUGCUGGGUAACGCCGUGUUGGAUGUCUAUAUCAUCGACUAUCUCUAUGAAACACACCCGACUGAAGGCCCUGGUUCUCUUUCCAACAUGAAGGCAAGUCUCCGUUGCGCCCUUGCCGUCGAGCUGGGUUUACAAGACCUCGUCAUUGACGGCGAUGACAAGACCCGACGCGAACUCGGACGUGCGACAUACUUUAUGAAUGAGGCGAGGAAGAAGGCCGAUGCGGGGCUGAGCGAAGAGGAGCAAGGGGAGGUGCAUUACUGGGAGGAAGUGACUGUCAAUCAUGUUACGGGGAGUAUCAUGGAAAUCCUCUUGGGCGCCAUCUUGGACGACUCUGACUUUGAUCUUGAACCGACCAGAAAGAUCUUUUUUGAAAAGAUUUUGCCUUUUAUCGAAAAGUACUGUAAAGGCCCGGCGAACAAUGAUAUGCACCCCAAGGGGCAGAUCACAAGGUGGAUGCAGGCCAAGGGGUGUAUGCUGUAUAGUCUGGAUGUAGAGGGGCCGAGAUUGAACAUUGGGACCUUCAAAGUGCACGACAAGGAGAUCGCACGCGAAAGCGCUUUCACGACCCAUCUCGCCGUCCGUAAUGUCUGCAAUGCGGCGAUCCGAAAGCUCAAGGAUGAGGGCGGGCUCGAGGUGCUUUGUGAUUGCGCGUCAUUCAAGAAAGUGGUGCCGGAUGACAAGAUUGAAGAGAUCUUUGGGAAAAGUAGGCGAGAGCGGAUGCUGGAAGCGCAGGAGAAGGAUGCGGCGUCUAGGAAAGCGUAG